AUGCCCAAGGGUGGGUGUUCUAAAACACCACAGCCAGAAGAUUUCUCUCUCAGCAACGACAUGGUGGAGAAACAAACGGGGAAAAAGGAUAAAGAUAAAGUUUCUCUAACCAAGACUCCCAAGUUGGACCGGAGCGAUGGUGGCAAAGAGGUGAAAGAGCGAGCAACCAAACGGAAGUUGCCUUUCACUGUUGGAACAAAUGGAGAUCAAAAAGACUCGGAUACAGAAAAGCAGGGUCCAGAGCGGAAGAGGAUUAAGAAGGAGCCCGCCACCAGAAAGCCUGGCUUGCUCUUCGGAAUGGGCCUUUCGGGGAUCCGGGCAGGCUACCCGCUCUCCGAGCGCCAGCAAGUCGCUCUCCUUAUGCAGAUGACAGCAGAGGAGUCUGCAAACAGCCCAGUUGACACAACACCAAAGCAUCCCUCUCAGUCUACAGUUUGUCAGAAGGGAACUCCUAACUCUGCCUCCAAAACCAAAGAUAAAGUAAAUAAGAGAAACGAGCGAGGAGAGACUCGGCUGCAUCGAGCUGCCAUCCGAGGAGAUGCCCGGCGCAUCAAGGAGCUCAUUAUCGAGGGUGCAGAUGUCAAUGUGAAAGACUUUGCAGGCUGGACGGCAUUGCACGAGGCGUGCAACCGGGGUUACUACGAUGUGGCAAAGCAGCUGCUCGCUGCCGGUGCCGAAGUCAACACCAAGGGGUUGGAUGACGACACCCCGCUGCACGAUGCAGCAAACAACGGGCACUUCAAGGUGGUGAAAUUGUUGUUACAUUAUGGAGGGAAUCCUCAUCAAAGCAACAGGAAGGGCGAGACACCUUUAAAAGUAGCUAAUUCUCCCACCAUGGUGAAUCUGCUCCUGGGAAAGACCACGUACCCCUCUAGUGAAGAGAGCUCAACAGAGACCUCAGAAGAGGAGGACGCCCCUUCCUUCGCUCCCUCCAGCUCUGUCGAUGGCAAUAACACGGACUCAGAGUUUGAGAAGGGUUUGAAGCACAAGCCCAAGGCCCAGGAGCCCCCCAAAACCAUCACCCCGGUGAAGGAUGAGUAUGAAUUUGAUGAGGACGAUGAGCAGGACCGGGUCCCGCCAGUCGAUGACAAACAUUUGCUGAAAAAGGAUUACAGAAAAGAGACUAAAGCAAACAGUUUCAUUUCCAUACCCAAAAUGGAAGUGAAAACUUAUACUAAAAAUAACACAAUUACACCAAAGAAAGCUGCCCACCGCAUCCUGUCGGACAGCUCGGACGAGGAGGAGACCAGCGUUCCUGUGGGGACGGGGGAGAAGCUGCGACUCACGACCCACUCGAUAUUGCCCAGCAGUAAGAUUCGGGAGCCCGCCAGCACAAAGCCACAGAAGGAGAAAAGCAAAGUAAAAAAGAAGCGGAAGAAGGAGACGAAAAGCAAAGAGGUUCGGUUUGGCAAAAAAAAUGACAAAUUUUGUUCCUCUGAAUCAGAGAGUGAAAACGUGGAGAGUGAGGAGGAUGAUAGAGACUCUCUUCAGAGCUCUAGCUGUGUAAAGGACUCCAGGCUAGUGCUAAAGGAAUCCUCCUUGUUUAACUCUCUGUCUGCCUCAUCGACCUCUUCUCAUGGGAGUUUAGCAUCCCAGAAACAUAAUCCUAAUCUUACAGAACAGCACUCCAAGCACUGGAGGACGGACAAUUGGAAAACCAUAUCUUCUCCAGCUUGGUCAGAUGUCAGUUCCUUAUCGGACUCCACCAGGACGAGACUGACGAGCGAGUCAGACUACUCGUCCGAGGACUCGAGCUUAGAGUCACUAAAGCCAGUCAGAAAGAAACCAGAGCACAAAAAGAAAAACACCACACACAACACUGUUUCCGAGAAAAAGAAUUCAUUCCAUAGCAAUGUGGAUGGAGCAAUUCCAAAGCUGGACAAGGAGGGGAAGGUUGUUAAAAAGCAUAAAACGAAACACAAACAUAAAAACAAGGAGAAGGGGCAGUGUCCCAUGAGCCAAGACAUUAAAAUAAUCAAAACGUUUUCUUUUGAGUUUGAGGACUCUAAACAAAAGCCUGAGAAAGGCUUGAUAGUAGAGACAGAAAAUCCAGUCGAAAACAAAUUGAAAGUGUUAAAGCAUGAGCGAGAACACAGUAAGAAGGAGGAAAAGCUCCCCAAAGGUAAAGGGGAGGAGAAGGAAUGGUUGUUUAAAGAUGAGACUGGAAAAUCCUCGAAAGAGGAGAAAUCAUUAAGAAAAGUCAAAGAUGGUAGUAAAGACAUGAGCAAAUCCUUCAGAGAAGGAUUGAGUAAAUCAGAAAAAGAGAAACCUGUAAAGGAGAAAUCUCCCAAAGAGGAGAAGCCAAGAAUACACAAGGAGGAGAGAAAGAAGAAGUCAAAGGACAAACAGUCAAAAUCUGAAAAGAAGAAUGAGCUCAAGGAGGAGAAGGCUUCGAAACUAGAGAAAGAAAAAUCCUUCAAGGAAGAGAAAGAAAAAUGCAAAAAAGAAAAACUCUACAGAGAUGAGUCUGGGUUUGAUGAGUUUAAUAGCAAAAACCAAUUUCCUGAGAGCGAGGACACAAAGUUCAGCCUUUCGGAUGAUCAGCAAGAGAGGUGGUUUUCAGACUUGUCUUCUGAUUCAUCCUUCGAUUUCAAAGGUGAAGAUAGCUGGGAUUCUCCAGUAACAGAUUUCAGGGAGAUUAAAAAUGACACAGUGGCAAAGCUAAUCAUAGAACCUGUGAAAGAGGAAAUUAAAGACAAGAAAAAGGAAAAUAAAACAAAAGAGAAGAAGGAGUACAACGAGAAACGGAACGAAAAGGACAGUUUCUUAAAGAAGAAAGAGAGGGACUACGUGGAGAAAAGCUCUGAGAAGAAAAAGGACCAAACGGACAGACACAAACUCACCCCUAGUUAUUUGCCUGAAAAGGACAAGAAAAGGAAGGACUCUGCAGAGAGCGUCAAGGAGAGGAAAGAAAAAGAUACAGCUGAAACCAACAAAGACAGAAAAGAUUCCUCCGAUGGCUCGAAAGAUCGAAAAGAAACCAAAACAAAGCAGGAGGAACCCUAUCGAGAUGACUUUAAAGAAUACGGCUGCGAAACGUUCUUCAAGGAGAAGUCUGACCCUGAGUUCAGUGGUAAAUCUCUGGAGAGUUGGGAGAGGCACCAUUCUGGGAAGGAAAAGGAGAAGAAAGAUGCUCCUGAGAAAGAAAAAAAAGAAAAGGUGAAGCCAGAAAAAUACAAGGAAAAAUCCAAAGAAGGCGACAAGGAGAAAAAUGAAAAAGUUCCUCCUGAGAAAAUCCUGAAAGACAAAGAACUAGACAAGAGUUUCAAAGAGAAAAAGGAAACUAAGGAGAAGUACAAAGACCUGCACAGCAAAGACAAAGAAAGGAAGAGUUCUUUUGACCAAGUUAAAGAGAAGAAAGAGAAAAACUUCUCCACGGAUCGAGAGGACUUCUCCGAGAAAAAGGAUGAGAAGAAAGGCAAGGAGAAGAGCUGGUACAGCAUCGCAGACAUCUUCACGGAUGAAAGCGAAGACGAGAGGGAUGAUUACAGCUUGACUGGGUUCAAAGUCAGCGACUCUGCUGGGGGCGAAAUGCAUCGUCUGGACAGUCUGCAGGAGAAGGAUGACGGCGUGGCUGCUGAGAAGGAGCUGUACCCCGACAAGCACCGCAAGUACUCCUCCGACCGGCAGCAUUCCGGAGAGAAGCAGAAAGAUAAGGACUCGAAGGAGAAGAAAAAGGACAAAGGAACAUCAGAGGGAGGAAAAGAGAAGAAGGAGAAGAGUUCCUUUGAAAAACACAAAGAGAAGAAAGAUAAAGACUCUACCGAGAAGUACAAGGACAGAAAAGACAGAACAUCCAUAGAUUCCACUCAAGAGAAGAAAAACAAGCAAAAGCUCCCAGAAAAGGCUGAAAAGAAACACGCCAGUGACGACAAGGUGAAAAGCAAGCACAAGGAGAAGCUGGAUAAAGAGCAUUCCAAAGAGAAAAAGUCUUCGAAAGGAGGGGAGUCAGAGAAGAGCCUGCUGGAGAAAUUGGAGGAGGAGGCUCUGAAUGACUAUAGAGAUGACUCCAACGACAAAAUCAGCGAGAUCUCUUCUGACAGCUUCACAGAUAGAGGACAAGAGCCAGGACUGACCAGCCUCUUUGAGUCUUCUAACCUCUCUCUUGCUGAUGCUGCUGAAGAAAAGUUUAAGGACUCUCUCCCUUUACCCUGCUUGCAGGACAAACUCAAGGAGAAGGAGAGACACAGACAUUCCUCAUCUUCAUCAAAGAAAAGUCACGAGAAGGAAAAAGCAAAGAAGGAGAAGACAGAGAAAAAGGAAAAAACAGAAGAAUUCAAAGACUCCAGCAGCAGGAAGGAUUCCACUCAUUAUGAAAAAGAUUUCUCUGUGGAUGGGGAGGCUUUUGGCGCUUCCUACAACAUGAAGGCAGAGCCUGAUGAGGAACCAGAGAAAGGCAUUGAUUACUUAUUUUCUGAAAAGAAAGAUAAAAAUGAUUCUGAAAGAGAGCUGUCAAAGAAGGCAGAAAAAGAAAAGACUUACGGUUCCAGCAGCAUCAGCACAGUGAAAGAGAAAAAGAAACGAGAUAAACACAAGGAGAAAUGGAAGGAGGAAAAGGAAAAACAUAGAGACAAACAUGCAGAUGGUUUCUUUAAACAUCACAAAGACGAACCAAAGUCAACGCUUAAAGACAAGGACAGUCCUCAAGUUACCACCUUUAAAGAUAAAUCAAAGGAGGACAACCUGAAAUUCGGUGAAACCAAACUGAAGGAGAAGCUCAAGGAGAACCAAGAAAAAGACAAAUCAGACUCAAUAAAAAUAAGCAACGGGAAUGAAAAAAUAACCCUGUCCAAAGACAGCGGCAAGAAAGAUGCCAGGCCAAGGGAGAAACUCCUGGGAGAUGGUGAUUUGAUGAUGACCAGCUUUGAGAGGAUGCUGAGCCAGAAAGACCUGGAAAUCGAGGAGCGCCACAAAAGGCACAAAGAGAGAAUGAAGCAAAUGGAGAAAAUGAGGCACAGGUCUGGAGACCCCAAAUUAAAGGACAAACUUAAAAGCUCGGAAGAAGCACGCAAGAGGAGUCUGGAUCUGGCAACAAAGAAGCCGUUAACGCUGGAUACUCAACUCAAGGACAAGAAGCUUAAAGAGUUGGGUCCACUGACUCCUAUACUGUCACCAGAGAACAAGGCACAGCCUGCUGUUGGGACAGACUCCAAGGACUGGAUAACGGGUCCUCAGCUGAAGGAGAUCCUCCCGGCAUCUCCCAGGCCAGAUCAGAACCGGCCGACGGGAGUCCCAACCCCGGCGUCGGUUGUCUCUUGUCCAAGCUACGAGGAGGUGAUGCAGACGCCCAGGACUCCUUCGUGCAGCAACGAAGACUACACGGACCUGAUGUUUGAAUGUGCGGACUCGCAGCACUCGCUGCCCAUAUCCACCAUGUCCAUGAACGCCUGUUCACCAUCCUUCUUCGACAGAUACACAAAUGUUUCCAGCGGGCUCCCCGAGAAUCCAAGUCAGACCCCCACUCGCACCAUACCCUCCACCAACCUUUAUCGUUCCAUCUCGGUUGAUAUCAGAAGGGCUCCUGAAGAAGAAUUCAGUGUCGGAGAGAAAUUUUUCAGGCAGCAAAGCGUCCCGGCGACAUCGAAUUACGGCUCUCCAGUGCAGCAUUUAAUGGAGGAGAAAGUUCCCCUUCCUCCUGUUCCCGCUGAGAAGUUCCAGUGUUUAUCUCCUGGGUAUUACUCACCAGAUUAUGGGGUUUCAUCACCAAAAGUGGAAGCUUUGCACUGUGCUCCCGGAGCUGUCAGCGGAGUCGCCCAGUCGCCUGAAAGCGUCUUUUCUGGUUUACAAGCGAAAUCCUCCCCUUCACACAGAGAUGAGUUGCUGGCUCCUUCGGUAGAAAGCGCUCUUCCCCCCGACCUCGGCAUGCCCUUGGAUACCACGGAAGAGCAGCAAGCUACCGCCUCCAUCAUGCCCCCAGAGCCUACCUACUUACCACCAAUUGAAGAAAACCAUUUUGGUUCAGGUAUGCCAGAACAAAACAAUAUAGACUGGGAUAACCCUCCUUCCCGAAACCCUGACACCGCCAUUCCUCCCAACCUGAUGGGGAACCCGGCAGAGCACGCCGUCGGCUGGUCCAUGGGCUCAGAGCUUCUGAUGAAAUCUCCCCAGAGGUUUUCUGAGUCCCCCAAACCUCAGCUCUGUUCCCUAGAGCCGAUUCAUCCUACACCAGUAGCCUUCAUUCCCACAGAUACUUCCUACCCCGUUUCUCCCAUAUCUUACCCUCUGUCAGUGUCUGAACCAGGGCUCGAUGAAGUCAAGGAGGAUGCUGAGGAAGCAGUUCCAGGAGAAAUAGCCAACACUGAAGAGCAAGCUCCAUACAUGUCCCCUACUAGAUUAGACACGUUCUUCAAUAACUGCAAGCCUCUCCCAGAAGAAGCACCUGAGAUACCUCCAGAGCCCCCUUGUAUGCCAGCAGAACCUCAGGCAGAAGUUGUUAGCGUGCCAGAAAACAACUAUUUGGAAAAUAAUAACGCUGCACCGGCAAAUACAGAGGAGGCGGUAACGUGGCCUGAUCCCUUCACCAAUACAGAAGAGGACUUGGACCUCGGGCCCUUCUCGCUACCAGAGCUGCCGCUCCAACCUAAGGACGUUGCAGAGACGGAGAUGACGGAGGCAGAAGCAGUAGAAGAAAACCCAGCAGCAGCUUCAGAAACAAGCACUGGGAUGGUUAAAGCCAACGCGUCCGUAAUAGCGUCCGGCGAGCCGGAGGAGCUGCCAGCCAGCCAGGCAGCUGCUGUCCUGCCUGUGGAGACGGAGCCACCAGCAGAGGAGCAGAAACCAGAAGUGGCUGCACCAGAAGCCACCUCAGAAGCAUUGAAUGUAGCUGAGGAAAAAGGAGCGGAGGACUCGGAAGCACAGAUUCUCCAGCAGACCCCCUCCGAGUCUGCUCAGGCGGAGAGCAAAGAGGCAGAGGCCACCUGUCCCCCAGCCGCGGCCACCGCCGAGGGCAGCGUUUCACAGGAGGGUGCUGCAGCACGUGCUGGGAGCCAGGUCCCUUCCUCCCAGGCAGAUGCACCUCCGGGCAACGCUCAAGCAGAAGUCGUUGAACCAGUACAAAAACCAGUAGCAGAAGCUCCCAAACCACCCAAAAUAGAAGAGAUUCCUCAGCGGAUUACCAGGAACCGGGCUCAGAUGCUCGCCAACCAAAACAAGCAGAACGCUGCCUCUUCUGAGAAGGAAUUUCCUCCCGUCUCUGCGCCCGCCACGCGUGCCAAAGGCCGCAUCACGGAGGAGGACGAUUCCCAGGCUCAGCACCCGCGCAAGCGCCGGUUCCAGCGCUCCAACCAGCAGCUGCAGCAGCAGAUCAACACGUCCAACCAGCAGACGAGGGAGAUGAUCCAGCAAACACUGGCAGCUAUCGUAGAUGCUAUAAAACUGGACGACAUUGAACCUUAUCACAGUGACAGGUCCAACCCCUACUUUGAGUACCUCCAGAUCAGGAAAAAGAUCGAAGAGAAGCGGAAAAUCCUCUGCUAUAUUACUCCCCAAGCUCCGCAGUGCUACGCCGAGUACGUCACCUACACGGGUUCCUACCUGUUGGAUGGCAAACCUCUAAGCAAGCUCCAUAUUCCAGUGAUCGCCCCGCCGCCGUCGCUCGCAGAGCCUCUGAAGGAGCUCUUCAAGCAGCAGGAAGCCGUCCGGGGGAAGCUGCGGCUCCAGCACAGCAUCGAGCGGGAGAAACUCAUUGUCUCCUGCGAGCAGGAGAUUUUGCGAGUUCAUUGUCGGGCAGCAAGGACUAUUGCCAACCAGGCUGUGCCCUUCAGUGCCUGCACCAUGCUGCUGGACUCCGAAGUCUAUAACAUGCCUCUAGAAAAUCAGGGAGACGAAAACAAAUCGGUCAGAGACCGUUUCAACGCGCGACAGUUCAUUUCUUGGUUGCAAGAUGUGGACGACAAGUACGAUCGAAUGAAGACAUGCCUGCUCAUGCGACAGCAACACGAAGCUGCUGCCUUGAACGCGGUGCAGAGGAUGGAGUGGCAGCUGAAGGUGCAGGAGCUGGACCCCGCGGGGCACAAAUCCCUCUGCGUGAACGAGGUGCCCUCGUUCUAUGUGCCAAUGGUCGACGUGAACGAUGACUUUGUGCUCUUGCCGGCAUGACAGUUCAAAACCAGGAGACAUCACUGAAAACUGGCAAAGGACGGGAGCCCUCCGAGGUCGGGCGGUCGAGCUCACAUUCACCCUUACCGCUUGCUGAUGAAUCCCUGGUCAGAGGAGGAGGAAGCAGCUAUCGGCAGAAAACAAAACAAUAAGAAAA